AUGUGGAAUUCUAAUGGAAUUACCAUUGGUAAUGAAUCGAUUGUUGGUCAAUAUCCUCGCGCCAUUUUUGUGAGCACAAACAACACAGUUUAUGCCACUAAUCAAGAAGACAAAACAAUUCUAAUAUGGCAUGAAGAAAGUGUCAAUCCAACAAAGAUCAUUUCUGGUAAUUUUACAGAACCGUACUCACUCUUUGUGACAUUAAAUGGUGAUAUUUAUAUUGAUGAUGGCGAGGGGAAUGGUCGAGUGCAGAAAUGGAGUGCAGAAUCAAAUAUUUUUGUUACAGUGAUGAAUGUCAAUUCCUCAUGUGAUGGUUUGUUUGUCGAUAUCAAUAAUACUCUUUACUGUUCAAUGUAUUAUUAUCAUCAAGUAGUGGAAAGAUCAUUAAAUGAUUCUGUGAUGACUUCAAAUCGUGUUGCUGCUGGCACAGGUAUUAGAGGAUCAGCCUCGAAUCAACUCGAUGGUCCUCGCGGAAUCUUUGUGGAUGUGAAUUUGGAUUUAUAUGUGGCAGAUUGUGAAAAUAAUCGAGUUCAGCUGUUCCAGUCAGAAGAAUCAAAUGGGAUCAUAGUGGCUGGAAGUGGAUCACGAAAUUCAACAAUUACACUUUUUUGUCCAAGUGGAAUUGUCUUAGAUGCUGAGAAGUACUUAUACAUUGUGGAUUAUAGCUAUCAUCGUAUUGUUGGUUCAGGCUUGAAUGGUUUUCGAUGUUUAGUUGGAUGUUAUGGAGAGGGUUCACAAUCCAAUCAAUUGACACUUCCACUUAGUUUUAGUUUCGAUUAUUCUGGAAACAUAUUUGUUACUGAUCAAUAUAAUCAUCGAAUUCAAAAAUUUUUCCUGAUGAAAGAUUCUUUUGCAGUUUCUUUCAAUCAACCAAAGUUUUGCCCAACAGCCAUGUGGAAUUCUAAUGGAAUUACCAUUGGUAAUGAAUCGAUUGUUGGUCAAUAUCCUCGCGCCAUUUUUGUGAGCACAAACAACACAGUUUAUGCCACUAAUCAAGAAGACAAAACAAUUCUAAUAUGGCAUGAAGAAAGUGUCAAUCCAACAAAGAUCAUUUCUGGUAAUUUUACAGAACCAUAUUCCCUCUUCGUGACAUUAAAUGGUGAUAUUUAUAUUGAUGAUGGUGAAGAGAAUGGUCAAGUGCAAAGAUGGAUUGCUGAAACAAAUACCUUUGUCAUAGUGAUGAUUGUCAACUCACCAUGUUCUGGUUUAUUUGUCGAUAUCAGUAACACUCUUUACUGUUCAACGUCUGUGAAUCAUCAAGUAGUGAAAAGAUCAUUAAAUGAUUCUGUGAUGACUUCAAAUCGUGUUGCUGCUGGCACAGGUAUUAGAGGAUCAGCCUCGAAUCAACUCGAUGGUCCUCGCGGAAUCUUUGUGGAUGUGAAUUUGGAUUUAUAUGUGGCAGAUUGUGGAAAUAAUCGAGUUCAAUUGUUUCAAUCGGGAGAAUCAAAUGGUAUUACAGCGGCUGGAAGUUUCACAUAUCCUCCAACAAAUUUUCUUAAUUGCCCAAACGCAAUUGUCUUAGAUGCUGAGAAGUACUUAUAUAUUGUGGAUUCUUACACUCAUCGUAUUAUUGGUUCAAGCUUGAAUGGUUUUCGAUGUUUAGUUGGAUGUUAUGGAGAGGGUUUACAAUCCAAUCAGUUGGAUGGUCCAUUUAGUUUGAGUUUUGGUCGUUCUGGAAACAUAUUUGUUACUGAUCAAUCAAAUCAUCGAAUUCAAAAGUUCCAAUAUAUCGAAGAAUCAUGUGAGAAUAAAAAACAAAAAACUAUCAUAGCAGAUGAAAGUCAAGCUUCGGAUGAAUUUCGAACUGAAUUAUUGAAUAGUUAA